GGGAGCCUGGCCGGCUACAGCGGCUGGAACUGCAAGUCCCGAGAGGUUUUGCUCUCCGCGGCUGCCGUCCGCGCCCAGGAGCCCCGCGCGGGCGGCGCAUCGGGCUCUAUUGUCUGGGCAUCUCCCUCCGUCCUGCCUCCCUUUCCCCCCGCUGGGCUUUUGCAUCUUAGGCGCGGGUGGGGGGCGGGUGGGGGGGCAGCAGGGCUGGCCUUGCGAGCGCAGCAGCAUGGCUGAGGAGCAGGAGAUCAUGUGCAAGCUGGAAAGCAUCAAAGAGAUCAGAAAUAAAACACUGCAGAUGGAAAAGAUCAAAGCUCGCUUGAAGGCAGAAUUUGAGGCUCUGGAAUCCGAGGAGAGGCAUCUGAAGGAAUACAAACAGGAGAUGGAUCUCUUGCUGCAGGAAAAGAUGGCGCACGUGGAGGAACUGAGACUCAUCCAUGCCGACAUUAAUGUUAUGGAGAACACAAUCAAACAGUCCGAGAAUGACCUGAACAAGCUCCUGGAGUCGACACGCCGCCUCCAUGAGGAAUACAAGCCUCUCAAGGAACAUGUGGAUGCUCUCAGGAUGACCCUGGGCUUGCAGAGGUUGCCCGAUUUGUGUGAAGAGGAAGAAAAACUUUCUCUUGAUUUGCCUAGUUACUUCGAAAAGCAGAAAGCCGAAUGGCAGACGGAGCCACAGGAACCUCCAAUCCCAGAAUCCUUGGCUGCAGCGGCAGCAGCUGCGCAACAGCUGCAGGUGGCCCGGAAACAGGACACAAGGCAGACAGCCACUUUCAGACAACAGCCACCUCCUAUGAAGGCGUGCCUCUCCUGCCACCAACAGAUCCACCGGAACGCCCCCAUCUGUCCUCUCUGCAAAGCCAAAAGCCGGUCUCGUAAUCCGAAGAAGCCCAAGAGGAAGCAAGACGAAUGAAAACACCGCAGAACCGUCUUGCCCAGCCGCUCCACCUCCCCCAUCCCAAAACCGGAAGACCUUUUCCUCCUUUUGUGGUAGAUCCGUCCAGAUGACCCACAUUUGUUGGCGUGUGAAACCUGAGUGUGACUUAAGCUUUUGUUCUAUUUAAUGUGUUAGUGCCGUCGGUUGAGUGACGCUGGUUUUCAGCCAAUCUGGGAAGAGGCUGAUUUUGGCGGAGACAUGAAGACUGUGCUACCUUUGGACACCGCACACCCGCAGAGGCUACGCCACGCUGACGGCAAAGGGCAUUUUGUGCAAAGAACACAACGGGUGGCUUGUCUCCUCUUUAAUAGCUCGUGCUUCCUUAGCAGAUGGACCUCAAGCUCCCUUUUUAUUCAACUGAUCAAAGGCUCAUUGUUCUCAUGACCUGUUUAUUUUUUUAAAUCAGGACAGUAUUUUUGUACCAAGACUCUACUUUUCCAUUCAGUCCCCAGUACUCCAGAGUCUUUUCAUACAGAUGUCAGGAUGUGUAAUGUUUAUUUGGUUUUGUGCUUAGGCAUAACUAGAGGGGCGCGAUAGCUCAACGGUUAAAGAAGCUGAGCUUUUCAGCUGCAAAAGUGACAGCCCGGGUUGGAGACCCCAGCUCCUUACGAUGGGGUGAGCUCCCGUUCCUUGCUCCAGCUCCUGCCCAUCUAGAAGUUUGAAAGCAUGAAAAUGCAAGUAGAUAAAUAGGUACCACUUCCCUGGGAAGGUAACAGCAUUCUGUGCACCUCAGCAUAUAGUCACGCCGGCCCCAUGACCACAAACGUGUCCUCGGACAACAUUGGCUUCCUCGGGUAAGAAAUGGAGACAAGCACCGCCCCUUAGAGUCGGACAGGGGGAAACAGAAGAACAGAAUUACUGCAGAACUAUGGACCACCAACUAAGUGUUGGCUUGCCUCCUCUUUAAGUUCCAUGCUUUAACGUUUACAUCAGUGACUUGCCUGAAGCUGUUUCUCGGAAAUUUAUUUACGUCGAUGAUGUCAAUCACACAGCCCAAAGAACCAACUUCAGGGAUGCAGAUCCUUUCACGAGAUCUCCAGAAGAUGGAUCCCUGCUUAAAAAAAUGGUACCUCAACCAGGGUCUAGGAUGGGUGGGCAACGUUGGCUCUUUUAUGAUUCGUGGACUUCAACUCCCACAAUUCCUGAGUCAGCAUGGCCGGUUCAGGAAUUCUGGGAGUUGAAGUCCAUGAGUCAUAAAAGAGGCAAGGUUGCCCACCCCUGGUCUAAGACAACUCACCACGGCCAACUCACUGCGGGACGAAAGUUACACUAAUAUCAAAGAAAUGUUGAAAUAGAAUCGUUAAAGAAAGGAUGCCAAAGGAAUAACAGAAUCACAUAAUUGGGAGGAAUCCUGGAGGCCUUCUAGCCCAACCCCCACUCAGGCAGGAAACCGUACACCAUUUCAGACAAAUGGUUGUCUAAUCUCUUCUUAAAAGUGGAGGUCUUUCAUAACCCACCGAGGGACAAAAUGAAAUGGGAACGACAAGAAAUAAAAUAUUUCAUAAAUUAUUCUAAAUAAUGACAUUGAGUUGUCCCGCAACGAGUUUCCCACAGUGGCGAGUUGUGCUAGUGACCUGGUUGGGGCGCCAUUUUUUGAAGCAGUCAUCCCGCUCCAACAAGCCUCACAAAAAACAAGCAGCCACAUUCCACCUCAGCAACAGCUAUGCAAACUCCCAGCCUUCAGUGAAGUUACGGAACCGUAUUUUACAAGGUAAUAACUUUUCCGAAGUCCCUGGCCAAAUCACUAACUUCCGGCAACACCUGGAAAAAAACAGCUGCAAAAUUGGGAAAGCCACAAAAAUUACCCAGCAGACUGGCUGGAACAUCCCAGGAUGCUGAUGUUAACCCCCUACGAAUAACAGCCUUGGCUUUGGUUUACUCCACAGCUGAGUAUUGUGCCGGUGUGUAGCUUAACAGCGUCCACACCCAAAUGGUUGACAUUUCGACUUUGCCAGACAAGGGGUAUCGUCCCUGCCACGUCGCAUCCCACUCCUACGCGCUGGUUACCAGUACUUAACAAUAUCACAGUACUCCAUAUUAGAAAACAACAAGCUCUUAUUCAGCUACAGUCCAAGAUGCGGAACAGUGAGGCCCUUCCUACUCAGAAGGACAGUGCGCGGCUCGCCACAAGAGGCCAGCAUGGAAAACAGUUACAGGCAGUCCUCGACUUAACGAUUGUUCAUUUAGCAACCGUCCGAAGUUACAACAGCAGUGAAAAAAUGGAUUCGUGGCCAGUUUUCACCUUUACGGCCAUUGGACCAUAUCCCCAUGGUCACGUGAUUUACAUUUGGAUGCUUGACAGUUGACUCACAUUUAUGACGGUCGCAGUGUCCCGGGGUUACGUCAUGCCCUUUUGCAACCCAACAAGCAAAGUCAAUGAAAC